CAGUUCGACGUGAGAGGCGGGAGGAGGGGUCUUUGGUGGCGACUGUUCCGGUCUCGAGGGGUUUCCUGGUUGCAGCAGGCAGCGCUAAUAAAAUAUUUACCACAAUGUUCAGUGGAUAUGGCGAUGCAGAAGCAUUUGAAGAUGACCCUUAUUCGGAAGGGUCUUCCAGUGAAACAAGCAUUGAUAGUGAAGUAGAAUUUCAUCUUUACAGUCAAAUCCAUUAUGCACAAGACCUUGGGGAUGUCAGUGAAAAUAACAAUAAGGAUGUCAAAAGACAAGAAGAAUUUAAGUCCUUGAAGAAAGAGAAAUCAGAGAAUGAACAAGAUCAGAGAAAUAACUUAAUUGUCAUUUCAGAUAGUGAUGUUAACAUUUCAGAUAGCUCCGAUGUCAUAAUAUUGUCUGAUACUCCUGAUGAAGAUAGCAUUUAUGAGAGUAAACUCCAGAAGCUAACAGUAUCAGCGUCUCCAAUUUUACGUAAAUUAAAUAAGACUACAUAUUCUUGUGCCAAAAAAUCUAUUAAACACCCUUCCCAGCCUAUCCUGAAAACUGAGGAUCAGAUUGCAGUAAAUUCAAGUAAAGCAAGAAGAGCUGAUGAAAAGGCAACCUUAAAUAACCAGGGUGAUGUUCACAUGAUUCAUAGAGUUUUAGUAACUGAGGACAGCUCCAGCAGUGAUGAUGCAAUUGAUGUGUCAAGUAUAUCCUCUGAAAGUGAUAAUGUGGAGAGCUGGAUGCUGCUGGGAAGUGCCGCAGAUGACAAAGAUGAUGAUAUUCUGUUAAAUCUUGAAGGCUGUAGAACUUCAGCCAGUAGAGGAGAAGAUAGAACAGGAUGGACCAUAGGUGAUAAAGACUUACAGGCACAGAUUGGUAAUUACGUUUCAAUGCGACAUAACAACAGAUACUACACAGUGGACAAAAACGUCAUUUGCAGAAAUUGUGAUAAACGAGGUCAUUUAUCAAAAAAUUGUCCUACCCCAAAGGCUUGCCCAGAAAUAUGGAGGCAGUAUCACCUAACAACUAGAGCAGGACCACUCAAGAAGGCUGACUCUUAUUCUGUGCAACCUGCUUCAGCAUACUGUUACAACUGUGGAGAGAAAGGCCACUAUGGAUUUGAAUGCUCAGGGAAGCGAAUGUUUGGAGGAAUAUUUCUUUCUUACCCCUUUAUCUGUUACUAUGACAAUAAAUAUGAUAUCAAGAAGAGCCUCCAGAGAGCAAAGAAAAAAGUGCAAGAACUUCAGAAUGCUGGCCUUCUACCCAAGACUCUAAAAAGACCACAUACAGAUUAUGAUCAAGAAGAACACAAACAUAAGAAAAAGAGGGAAGUUUGGAAGGAGCAUGGCAAGAGGGGAGAUCACAACAAUCUAAGGAAAAAAUCUCAUGCAGAUCUAAUCAAAGAAAGGAAGCGUAAGAAGGAAGCUCAAAACAAUUAUGCGAUAGAAGAGUGCUUUCCUAGAGGUGGCCACAUGAAUGCACAUAAGAGGUGCAAAAGGAAAACUCCUCAUCAUCAAAGUGUUGGCUUUCUGGCAGAUGGCAAAACUGAAAAUCAACAAAUUUCUAUGGGUUCAACAAAAAGGCAGAAGAGAAAGAAAAAGCAGAGGAGCCACACAAACAAUAGUUGCGCCAGGGAUGAAAGUUUAUUUCUUAUCAAACAGAAGAAAAAGAAAACCACACCGAAAGCCAGCUUGAUCUGAGAUGGAGCUUUAUUCCUUCCACAAAAUGCAGACUGGGCUAUCACAGCACAGAGAGUGUAUCAGUAACCAUUCCAUAAGGAGAGCAUCUUGGUUUGUAAUGACAAGUUAUUUAUGCAUUAGAGAUACAUUAUUUGUUAAAUGUUUUCACAAUUCCUGGAAUAUUGGAUGAAAUAUAGAGGUAGGAGGUGGGGAGUGGUAAGAUGAAAGCAUUUUUUUUAAAAAAAUAAUACAUAUCCUCAGUUGCAUACACUCUUUUUGUAAAUCUAUGUCUCAAAAUAUUUCUGCUUAAUGCAUAUAGUUUAUUUGCAUGCAAACUUUAAAGGAAACGUAGACAAAUUGACAGGUGACCUAGGUAUGGAUACAAAAAUAAAUGGAGGUAGCGAUUUCACCUGUUUAAUAGAAGGGACAAAAAAAAGGAAGAGCAAGUGAUUUGGAUUUACAGGCCUUAUGAAGGCCUAGCGGUAUCAUGUUUCCUCUGUUGAUUUGUUUUGAAAAAUGUACGGAAUAAAUUUAAGCAACAGAGAAGGAUGUUAUACGAGAAAUAUUAUUUGCUUCCUAAUUUAUUUUCCCGACAGAGUGUUUCAGGAGGUGGCCAUCUUAUGCCACAUUCUUAGAUAUGAUUAUCCUCAAAUUUGUCAUAGAUGUAGCACUAUAAUUUGACUUGACAGUCCAGGUAAGUCUUUGUUCAAGUGAGAAAGCGUAAAAUGCAUUGAAGUCUAAUUUUUAAAGUAUAUAAUCCCGGAUGGCUUUUUUAUGUUUCUGAGAAAUAAAUUAUUUUAUAACUCAUUUUAUUAAAGUUAGGUAUUUUUGUACUUUGAAUUGCAAUUCGAAAUUUAUGUCUGAAAAACAUUGCUAUGUCUAAGGGGAAAGUAACCAUUUGGAUGCCCGAUUUUUGUUUUUUCUUCUUCUUUCUUUAAUACUGUCAAUUCAUGUGACCUCCAGUGAGACUUCGGCUUCCCAAACAUGCUGCUUUUUUCACUUGUUAAUUUCUAUGUCCAAACGAUGUAUUUUACAUAGGGGGUUGAUUAUUAAACAUUAAAAUGUUA